GCCUGUAUGUUAUCAUAUUGAAGUUAUCAAUUUGAACGCGUGGUGGCAGUGCAGGCUAAGAGAGUGAAUAAAGCUCUGCAGAUUCGGUGGACUCCAUUUUAUUCAGAGACCCCCUCUCCCCUCAAAUACAGGACACAUUUACAGCUAGAGCAAAGUUAGAAGUAUUCAGGAAGGCAGUCGUCACCAGAGAAGUUAUAAGACAAAUUCGAAAUUCAACAGCAAAGAGAUUACGGAGGGUAGAUGAUGGACGUGGUGAUUGGGACUGGAAAAGGAUUUUUUCCUCUGGAAUCAGACCUAAUGGAAAUGGCGCAAACAAAAGUACAUCGCAAGAAAAGGCAAGUGACUAUCCUCAUUAUAUGGAUGAUUUUGUGGGAAGUGGGUUCAGAAUCGAUUCAAUAUUCUGUACUGGAGGAGACAGAAAGUGGCACGUUUGUGGCCAAUUUGACAAAGGAUCUGGGACUGAAGAGAGGAGAGCUGGCUGAGCGGGGUGCUCAGGUCGUUUUCAAGGGGAACAGACAGCAUUUGCAGCUUGACCCACAGACUUAUGAUUUGCUGCUAAAUGAGAAACUGGACCGGGAAGAGCUGUGUGGUUCCACUGAGCCCUGUGUGCUACCUUUCCAAGUAUUACUGGAAAAUCCUUUGCAGUUUUUUCAGGCUGCUUUACGACUACUAGAUGUAAAUGACCAUGCCCCAGAAUUCCUGGAAAAUGAAAUCCUCCUGAAAAUCUCGGAAAGCAGCCAUCCAGGGACUGCAUUUCCUUUGAAAAUAGCUCAAGAUUUAGAUGUGGGCAGUAACACAGUUCAGAACUACACUAUUAGCACCAACUCCCAUUUCCACCUUUUCACUCUAAAUCACAGUGAUGGCAGGAGAUACCCUGAGCUGGUGCUGGACAAAGCGCUGGACCGUGAGGAGCAAUCAGAGCUCAGGUUAACGCUCACGGCGCUGGAUGGUGGGUCACCGCGGAGAACUGGGACUUCUCAGGUUCUCAUUGUAGUCCUAGACAUAAAUGAUAAUGCCCCUGAAUUUGCUCAGCUGCUCUAUGAGGUCCAGGUCCCAGAAAACAGCCCUGUAGGUUCCCUCGUCAUCACCGUGUUUGCUACAGAUUUAGAUGCUGGGACCUAUGGAGAGUUAUCCUACUCAUUUUUCCAAUCCUCAAAUCAAGUGAUUCAGGCCUUUGAAAUAAACGCAGUCACGGGGGAAAUUCGAUUAAAAAAAACGUUGGAUUUUGAGGAAAUUCGAUCUUAUCGUUUGGAAAUUGAGGCCUCAGAUGGUGGGGGUCUUUCGGGAAAAUGCACUAUAGCCAUAGAAGUGAUGGAUGUAAACGACAACGCCCCCGAACUGACAAUGUCAGUACUCAUCAGUGAUAUCCCAGAAAACACGCCUGACACCGUCGUCGCGAUUUUCGGAAUUUCAGAUCCAGACUCCGGGGAAAAUGGCAAAAUGAUGUGUACCAUCCAAGACCAUCUCCCCUUCUUUCUGAAACUUACUGUAGAAAAUUUCUACACUUUGGUGACUGAAAGAGCGCUGGAUAGAGAGAGCCAGGCCGAGUACAACAUCACCAUCACCGUCACCGACUUAGGGACCCCCAGGCUGAAAACGCAGCACAACAUAACCGUGACGGUCUCCGACGUCAACGACAACGCCCCCGCCUUCAGCCAAACCACCUACACCCUGCGCGUCCGCGAGAACAACAGCCCCGCCCUGCACAUCGGCCUCGUGAGCGCCACGGACAGGGACUCGGGCGCCAACGCCCAGGUCACCUACUCGCUGCUGCCGCCCGCGGACCCGCAGCUGCCCCUGGCCUCCCUGGUGUCCAUCAACGCGGACAACGGGCAGCUGUUCGCGCUCAGGUCCCUGGAUUACGAGGCGCUGCAGGCGUUCGAGUUCGGCGUGCGCGCGGCCGACCGCGGCUCGCCCGCGCUCAGCAGCCAGGCGCGGGUGCGCGUGCUGGUGCUGGACGACAACGACAACGCGCCCUUCGUGCUGUACCCGCCGCAGAACGGCUCUGCGCCCUGCACCGAGCUGGUGCCCAGGGCGGCCGAGGCGGGCUACCUGGUGACCAAGGUGGUGGCGGUGGACGGCGACUCGGGCCAGAACGCCUGGCUGUCGUACCAGCUGCUCAAGGCCACGGAGCCCGGGCUGUUCGGCGUGUGGGCGCACAACGGCGAGGUGCGCACGGCGCGGCUGCUGAGCGAGCGCGACACCGUCAAGCACAGGCUGGUGGUGCUGGUCAGGGACAAUGGCGAGCCGCCGCGCUCGGCCAGCGUCACGCUGCACGUGCUGCUGGUGGACGGCUUCUCGCAGCCCUACCUGCCGCUCCCAGAGGUGGCGGCGGCCGAGGCGCGGGCCGACCCGCUCACCGUCUACUUGGUCGUCGCCUUGGCGUCCGUGUCGUCGCUCUUCCUGUUCUCGGUGCUGGUGUUCGUGGCGGUGCGGCUGUGCAGGCGGAGCCGGGCGGCGUCUGCGGGUCGCUGCUCGGGGCCCGAGGGCCACUUUCCGGGCCACCUGGUGGACGUCAGCGGCACGGGGACGCUGUCGCAGAGCUACCAGUAUGAGGUGUGUCUUCGGGGAGGCUCGGGGACCAGUGAGUUCAAGUUUCUGAAGCCCAUUUUCCCCAACUUCGUGGGUGAAGCAGCUGGUAGGGACGCCGAGGAAAACUCUAAUUUUACAAAUAAUUUUGGGUUCACUUAGGCAUGUCACCUUAAGGGGAGAUAUAUGAUGAUACUAACUAAUGUAUUAUUAGUUCGCAACCUGUUCAUUCACAUAAAGAACUACAUAUUCACACAAUAAUUAUUGUCAUAUUUAUAGGUAUUUCAGCCUAUUGAGGUAUUUUACGUUCUGAAUCUCUGGGUUUUUGGUGGUGGUGGUGGUGGUGGUGGUGGUGUUUUUAGCCAGCUCACAUUUUGCUGUUCAUACAAUAGGGGAGAAAUGGUGUAUCUAUUUUGUGGGGGUAAGAUUUUUGGAGGUCAGAAAUGUUUUCAGGUUCCUGAUGUUUGAGCUUGUUCACUAAUAUCUUGUUAUGGCUAAGAGAAUUGUGUUUUCUGAUUAUCAUUAGCAUAGAGUAUUGUAAAUCAUGACUUCCAAUUUUAAAAAUACUUUUCACUUAUACAAAUGAAUUAUACUUUUCACUUAUACAGAAAAAACUUGUCACGUUAGAAAUUGUUAGAUUUCUGUAGUAGUGUUUUGUCUUGCCUCAAAGGAACUAAUAUUUUAUCUGGGUGUCGUCUAAGUUGAGUAUUGUCUUUCAAAAUUGAUCUCUUUGGAUUAUAUCAUCUGAUACAAUUUUAAAGAAUUCAGUCCCUGUUAAAUAGAAAAAAUGUUG